AUGCGAAAGGCGUUUGGUAAACGUGCCUUGAGGGACAUUAUAAUUAAGAAGGACCCAGACCUUCUGUGUAUUGCAGAGCCGAUGAUCUCUGUGAGUGAUUUCCCGAAUCUAUUUUUUAAUAAAUUGGGAUUUCAUAGCGAUUUUAUCUUUAAUCAUAGAGCAGAUAGAGUCUCUAACCUGUGGAUUCUUUGGAAGCGCAAUCUGAGAAUGCCCGUGGUUGUCUCUAAUUCAGAGCAACAUAUAACUGCCUCUAUGUCUUGGAGGGCUCAUCAAAUUCAGGUGACAUUUGUGCAUGCCAGUUGCUUCAGAGUAGAGAGAAGAAUUUUAUGGACGCUUUUGGCGGCUGAUUCCCCUUUGGUUCCUACCCCGUGGGCGAUGAUGGGUGAUUUCAACGCCACUCUUCACUCUCAUGAAAAGCGAGGCCCAGGAAACUUUAGUCUAGGCUCUGCAGCGGAGUUUGGAGCCAUGGUAGAUGCUUGCUCCAUGUCUCAGGUUCCCUCGAUUGGCAAAAAAUUCACUUGGACAAACAAUCGAUGCAGUGGAAAUGUUUGUUCGGUUCUGGACAGAAGUUUCUGUAAUGAAGAAUGGCUUGACAGUUUUCAGAAUUGUUCUCAAUAUGUUCUUCAACGUGUUGGUUCUGAUCAUGCCCCAUUGCUUCUUAUGUCUGAUUAUAGUCAGAGGCCUCAGAAUUGCCCAUUUAGAUUUCACCGAUUCUGGAUGGAUCAUGACGAUUUUGAUAGAGUGGUGGCAGAUUCUUGGUCGGAAUGGAUUUCGGGAGCACCUAUCUAUGUCCUUGUCAAUAAGCUUAAAAAUCUUAAGGGUGUGAUCAGAGAAUGGGCAAGGUCUGUUUUUCCUCACCUGGAUAGGGCGCUGGAAGAGGCAAAGAGGGAUUUCGCUCAGAUUCAGGAGCAGAUUGAUAUACAAGGUAUGGAUGAUCAGUUAUUUUCCUUGGAGGCUGAGGCUAAGACUACACUGAUUAAGGUCAUGGAGAAUCAUGAAAAAAUGUGGGCUGAAAAAGCAAGGAUUAGAUGGCUGAAAUUUCGUGAUAGAAAUUCCAAAUUCUUCCACCUUUCUACAAAAAUGAGGAGGAAUAAGAAUACGAUUAGAUCACUUAAGAAGCAGGAUGGCUCUAUGUUUGAUGAUCCCAUCCAAAUAGGGAACUACAUAGUUGAUUUCUAUGAGAAUUUUCACAAAGUUACCCCGACGGUUCAGCAUGAGGAAUUACUGGAUAACAUUCCCUUGAUCUUGAACCAAGCUGAUCAGUACCACUUGGAUGCCCUUCCUGGUGAUGCUGAGAUUAAAAGGGCUGUGUGGGAGCUUGAUCCAGAUAGCUCGCCUGGUCCUGACGGCUUCCCUGAGGCUUUUUUCAGAAGAUGCUGGCACAUUGUGGAAAAAGAAGUGAGCAAUGCAGUCAGAUUCUUUUUCAGCUCGAGCUACAUGCCGCAGGGUGUGAAUAAUAAUUUCCUUGUGUUGAUACCAAAGGUAGAUGGGGCUGAUAACCUAGGUAACUUCCGGCCACUAUGCAUGGGCAAUUUCUUCUGCAAAAUUAUUACAAAGGUGAUGGCAUUGAGGCUGGAGCCUCUGCUUCCCAGAUUAAUAUCUGAUGAGCAAAGAGCUUUUCAAAAAGGAAAGAUUAUCCAUGAUAAUAUUACUGUUGCUUCAGAGCUUGCAAACUUGAUGUUCUCAUCCACCAGAGGAGGGGGUAUUGGCAUAAAAAUCGAUAUCAGGAAAGCCUAUGAUACAAUUGACUGGAAGUUUAUCUUUCAGGUUAUGCAUAGAUUUGGUUUCUCUGAGCGAUGGACAGGCUGA